AUGGGGUAUGAAGCAUUGGAAAGUCUUCCAAGGGUUUUUACAGUUGAUGAUAGCUUAAAACAAAGUAGUGAAUUCCCUUGCCUCCCUGAGCUUUCUAUAUGCACAUGUCCCAACCUGAGAGAACUACCCCAUCUUUUUCCUUCCUUGGCAAUGCUUGAAAUAAAUGGAUGCCAAGAAUUGGCUGAACUUCCAGGGCUUCCUUCAAUCUGUGAAUUAGAAGUAAAUAAGUUUGAUGAAAGGGUGUUACAAAGCGUAGUUAACCUCACCUCGCUUACUUACUUGCGUAUGUGUCAAAUUUCCAUGCUCACAUGUUUUCCUGAAGGGUUUCUUCAACAGUUAACAGCUCUUGAAGAAUUACAGAUCGCUGGUCUUGGUGAGCUCACAACUUCGUCCAAUGAAAUUGGAUUGCAAAAUCUCCAAUGCCUCCAGCAUUUGGAGAUUUCAGGAUGUCCAUUCUUAAAGGAGUUGCCACAAAGUUUAUAUGAACUUUCAUCUCUUAAGGAGUUGAGGGUCUCAAAAUGCCCCUCACUUGUGUCCUUUCCUGCGACAGGCUUGCCUUCCUUGCUCAUAAGCCUUGAGAUCAAGGAUUGUAAGGCUCUGUUGUUCCUAUGUGAAUGGACGAUGCAUGACAAUGAGAAGGCAUUUCCUUUACUUGUAUACUUGGUAAUUGAAGGUUGCUCUUCUCUCACAUCUUUACCAAGAGGCCAGUUGCCCAUCACGCUUAAAACACUUGAAAUCCAUGACUGCAUGAGUUUGGAGUCACUUCCGGAGCAGAUGCAAAGCAAUAUCUGUCUUGAAUUCUUUAAAAUUUCAUGUUGUCAUUCUAUCAUGUCCUUCCCGGAAGGAACUUUUGGGUUGUCCACUGUCACAUCCAACACUGUCAUGAACCUGAAGGAGCUCAUCAUCAGCAAUUGUAAGAACCUCGAGUCAUUACCUGAAGGGAUACAGAACCUCAAGGGUCUCGAUUACUUGGAAGUAGUUGAGUGCCCACUAAUUUUACCUUUUCCAGAACCUGGCUUGCCAACCAAGCUGCGAUCAAUAAGAAUCUCUAAUUGCAGGCGUCUCAAGUCCCUGCCACAUCAAAUGUACAGCCUCACAUCUCUUGAAGUACUACAUAUAGAUGGUUGCUCAAGUCUUGCAUCAUUUCCAGAAGGGGGCUUACCGGCCAAUCUGUUGUCACUCACAAUCUUAGACUCUGAGAAUCUCAGGCCCUCAUACGAGUGGGGGCUGCACAGACUCACUUGUCUUGUGGACUUGUCCUUUGGUGGAUGUCAAGGGUUGGUAUCUUUUCCUGAGAAGUGUUUGCUGCCUUCUAGUUUAUCCUCUCUUCAUCUUGAGCGACUGCCAAAUCUUGAAUCCCUGCCCCAGAGAUUGGAAAACCUCACCACUCUUGAUAAUCUAGAAAUAUGGGAAUGUGACAGGCUUGGGGCCUUGCCAGAGCUCAAAUACUUUCGAGUUUGGAAUUUUAGGAUAUCCUUUGAUAUAAAGUUAGUAGAGAAAUCUGCUUGAGAAAGGUUUCCUUCAAGAAAUCUGCACCGAGAAACAAGCAGCCGACCUUUGGUUAUAUGGGUUUUGUUUGAAUUUGGUGUGAAGGAGUCGUAGACUAAACUCAUUUAUAUUUCACUCGAUCUUAUUAGACUAUCCGGAAAGGCCCUUGGAGUUUUGGAAAAACCAAGAGUUGUUUAUGCAGAAUGUGGAGGGGCAGCUGGUGUUGUACAAUCUGUUAACCCAUAUAAAGAAGGAUGUUCUUCCAAUUCAUCGGAAUAGCCUUGCUGGGGAUAGCACUGAUAGGGAUAUUAGACUGUUACAAGUUUUUCCCAACGCGAGUUCGAUGAAGUGGGAAAGGAUGGAGUUGGACUUGAAGAAGUAUGAAGUUGGUCUAUCGUGAGGUGUGAUAACCUCAAGACAGAAAAGUGUGACGUUUCUUCUCGACUCUUUCUUAUGUUAGAAGGUGCAAAAUUAAUAGGUGCCGGAGCUGCUUAGAUCAACUCAAUCUUUGGUGAGCA